CGAGGGCAAGUGGGUGAAAGCUUACAAAGAUGAAGAACUUUCCUCCUGAGCCACUGAGCAAACGGUGGAUCAUUAGAAGAUCUUGCACAAGGAUAAUCCACAAGGGACUGACCCACUGACACAGGGCGAGGUAAACUCGGCCAUAAGUAGCCGAAACGAAAGUAGAGUAACCCUGAUCGAGAGGUACAAGAGUGGGCAAGGUUCUGGGCUUGAAUUCUGAUGAUUUUAGACUUUGUAGAAAGGGAAACAGAUUGAGAGAGAGAGUGAGCAAAGUAAGGCGAAGUGAGGGAAGAGGAGGGGUCAGAGGCUUGGAGGCUUGAAGGCUUGGAAGGCGACGUCAGAGGCUUGCAGUGUCCUGCUGAGUUUAAUCCCUGCUGAUUAGGGAACAGAAAGCAGGCACCUGUGCAAAUGCAGUAGGUUCUAGAGGAACGUUCCUUGCAAUCUAUGAACCAUAGGAGCUUUAAUCUGGAGGCAAAUCAUGAAAAGAACUUGCCAAAUGAUGAGUAAAAUUGAACCAGAGACCUGGGAAUGAUUGGGUUGCUUCAGAAAAGAGACUUCUUGCAGCGGUUGCGGUUGAGCAAUUGAAGAGAGACUACAACCUCGAUUUUGUAGUCCAAGUAACUUUGCAGUCCUACCUCUCUACCUCUACCCCCUUUGUACCCCUUUUCCCCUUCCUCCCGUUCUUCUUCCUUUCUUCCGAACCAUUGUGAAGUUGCAGUUGCAGAGUGAACAGUUGCCAACUCGUACUCAAGAUGCCGACCAAUGGAACAAGCAAAGCUUUAAAGCUCCAGUUUGGGCUCAUCAACCACGAGAACCGGUACCUUACAGCAGAGACCUUCGGCUUCAAGGUAAACGCCUCUGGCUCAAGCAUGAAGAAGAAGCAGAUCUGGACCUUGGAGCAGGACGACCAGGACAGUCAGGUCGUUUUCCUGCGCAGCCACCUCGGGCGCUACAUGGGCGCAGAUAAAGACGGCAAGGUGAGUUGCGCCGCAGAGGUGCCCGAUUCCGAAUGUCGCUUCUUGAUCGUGGCUCAAUCGGACGGUCGCUGGGCCUUGCAGUCCGAGCCGUACCAGCGCUACUUCGGCGGCUCGGCGGACUACCUAUCGUGCUUCGCCCAAGCCAUCGGAGAGGCUGAGCUUUGGGCCGUCCACAUGGCCCUCCAUCCCCAAGCUAACCUUUUGAGCGUGGCUCGAAAACGCUAUGCGCACUUGUCCGCCCCAGAUAGCGAAAUCUCGGUCGACAGCAACAUCCCGUGGGGCGUAGAUUCCCUGGUCACCCUGGUCUACAUGGAUGGGAAGUACAGUCUGAAGACUUGCGACAACCGAUUUCUCAGCAACGACGGAAAGCUGGUGAAGGACUACAGGCCUCAGGCUGGUUUCACCUUGGAGCUCAGGUCUGGAAAGCUGGCGUUUAAAGACCACGAGGGGAAGUAUCUCGCACCGAUGGGUCCUACGGGCACUUUGAAGUCUGGGAGAUGUACAAAACCUGGCAAAGAUGAGCUUUUUGAUCUGGAGGAGAGUCAUCCGCAAGUUGUGUUCCAAGCAGCCAACAAAAGAUUUGUAUCCGUCCGUCAAGGUGUCAGCAUCUCAGCCAAUCAGGACAUAGAAACAGAUAUGGAGACGUUUCAGAUGGAAAUUGACAAGGAGACGAAGAAAUGCAUGUUCAGAACAAACGCAGGGAACUACUGGACGCUCGUCUCACACGGAGGCAUCCAAUCCACAGCUACAGACAUCGAGGUCAACACGAUGUUCCAGAUUGAGUGGCUCGGGCGGAGAGUAGCUCUGAAGGCGAGUAAUGGGAAAUACGUCUGCACUAAGAAGAACGGUCAGCUCUCGGCCGUCAGCGACAGCGUGGGUGAUGACGAGCUGUUCCUGCUGAAACUCAUCAACCGGCCCAUUCUGAUCCUGCGAGGAGAAAACGGCUUCGUCUGCCACCAUAAAAACUCCAACACGCUGGACGCCAACCGCUCGGUCUACGACAUCUUCUCCCUGCUGUACAGCGACGGAGCGUACCACAUAAAGAGUGCGAAUGGGAAGUUCUGGUACGUGUCCGGCAGCAGCCUGGUCUGUUCAGACAGUGAUAAACCCGAGGACUUCUUCCUGGAGUUCCCGGAGCACGGGCGCGUGGGCAUCAAGGGCAUCAACGGUAAAUAUCUGCGCGGGGAUCAGGGCGGCACGCUGAAGUGCGACGCUGCCGGUCUGGACCUGCCGUCUCUGUGGGAGUACUGAACCUCCCGACCGGAUUCAGCAGCUCCACAAACUCAGAGACUGAAACACAAGCCUUCCUUUUAUUUAUCUGAGUUUUUACUCCUGACUUUAUCUGUUCUAGACCUUUUUACAAACAUAUCUAAUAUUAUUAUUAUAAUUAUUAGUAGUAUAAUUAUAUACAGCUCUGUAAAAAAACAAGAGAGCACUUAAACAUAAUCAAGAGGAAGAUGGAUGAUCACAAACCAUCAAACCACCAAACUGAACUGCUUGAAUUUUUACACCAGGAGUAAAGCAGCAUAAAGUUAUCCAAAAGCAGUGUGUAAGACUGGUGGAGGAGAACAUGAUGCCAAGAUGCAUGAAAAAAAUCUGUGAUUAAAAACCAAACCAGGGUUAUUCUUAAAACUUUAUGAAUAUGAACUUGUUUUCUUUGUUUUUUCAGUCAUUUCUCAUUUUCUGUAAAUAAAUGCUCUAAAUGAGAAUAUUUUUAUUUGGAAUUUGGGAGAAAUGUUGUCUGUAGUUUAUAGAAUAAAACAACAAUGUUCAUUUUACUCAAACAUAAACCUAUAAAUAGCAAAAUCAGAGAAACUGAUUCAGAAACUGAAGUGAUCUCUUAUUUUUUUACAGAGCUGUGUAUGAUAUAUGAGUUUUGAACAUCUGAUGCACUGCUGUCAUGUUUAAUUUGUCAAGUUUUUUUUUUUUGAGAUGUUACAUAUUGUUAUCUCUCAUCUCAUGACUAUAAUUCUAGCAGUUAUAUUAUUAUUAGUUAGGAUAUUGAUAAUGUUAAUUUAAUAUUUCCACAAUAUUUAUGCUUUACAAAACUGAAUACAAAACAUGUAAUAUUGAUACACUCUAAUAUUGAUCUUCCAUCGUUUCUAUACACACUUUUCACUAUAUACUAUAUGCGCUGCACUGAGUGUACAGGACACUUUAUAGUUCUCCAAUCACAGACUGGGGUUCAGAUUCAGCUGCAGCAGUGCUGCUGGAGUGUUUAAACACUGUUUCUGAAGGAUACUGCCAAAAAGAAACCUCCCACAGGACUGUACAAACAAGACACCUCCAGCAGGAUGCUACCUAAAGCAGGCUGCCCACAGGACACUACCCAAAGGACACCGCCGACAGGACGCUGCUGGUGCACUAUUCUCAGUGCAGCAGAGACACUGAGGUGUUUAAAAACUCCAGCAGCACUGCUGCAUCUGAUCCGCAUCACUGUACCAGCUCAACACUCACUAAAGGUAGAGAUGUACAGUACAGGCCAAAGGUUUGGACACACUUUCUCUUUUUUCUUUUACAUUGUAGAUUCUCACUGAAGCAUCAAAACUAUGAAUGAACACAUGUGGAGUUUUAUGUUCUUAAUAAAAAAUAAACAUGUUUUAUAUUCUAGUUUCUUCAAAAUAAAAGCCACUCUUUGCUCUGAUUACUGCUUUACACACUCUUGGCAUCAUUCUCUCAAUGAGCUUCAUUUAAGAGGUGGCCACCUGAAAUGAAAAGUUCUCCAACAGUCUUGAAGGAAGGAAGGAGUUCCCAGAGGUGUUUAUUAGCACUUGUUGCUCCUUUGUCUUCUUCACUCUGUGCUCCAGCUCACCCCAAACCUGGAUCUGGAUUGGGUUCAGGUCCGGUGACUGUGGAGGUUCAGCUCAUUUUUUGUUAAGUACAUAAAACUCCACAUGUGUUCAUUCAUAGUUUUGAUGCUUCAGUGAGAAUCUACAAUGUAAAUAGUCAUGAAAAUAAAGAAAACGCACUGAAAAAGAGAAGGUGUGUCCAAACUUUUGGCCUGUACUGUACCCGUUGUUAACAUUAGCAUCAUGGGGUGUCCUGGACUUUCUGUGUUUCUGGAGUGAACGCUUGAAACCAAAUUCAAAUCACACAUUCUGUAUUUAACUCUUUCUUAAUUCUCUUUAAUUAAAAUUCUCAUUUCAGGAAAUAUAACUUGUUACUGGUUUCUUUUCUUACCAAGGAAGUAAAUGCAUUAUUUAGUAAACAAAAAAAGAUGAUUUAACACAGUUUUGCAGAUCUCUGCUGGAUUUUCUCAGUCAGUUUUAUGAGGUAGAGUCUCCUGGAAUUCAGGCUUUCAGUUAACAGCUGUGCUGAACUCAUCAAGAGUUAAUUACUUGAAUUUCUUGUCUCUUAAUGUAAAGUUUGAGAGCAUCAGUUAAAGUAAAGUAGUGAAGAGGUAGAGUAACAGGUAUACAGUGAAUAGUGAAUAUUUGAGUAAUGUUCUAAAGUAAAACAAACAACUUGAUAAUAAUCUGUUGAGCAUCAUUUAAUACAACAACAGUCGGUCACCCCUAGUAGUGAUAGGAGGAGCACAGCAAGGGUUUCCCAGGAACGUCUCCACCAGAUUUAUCACCAUUCCAGCAUUUAUGGAGCAGCUGGGACUCUGCAGCUUUAGCUUCAACCUACGAGUGUAGAGCUACAGGAUCUACAGGCCCAGCUGUAGCAACAUCUGUGGCUAAAUGUGCUGCAGGAUCCAAACAGAACCUGUAGAACCUCCAAACCCAACCAAUACCCUUUCAAUCUCAUCUUAUAUCCAGCAUAGAGGAACCAACAGGAUCUAAA